AUGAUUCGUUCAAGCCUUGUCGCUAUGUUGGCAAUUUGCACAGUUUGCUCGUUCUGUGGCAAAGACUUCGUUACGCUGGGCCGUCAUUCAUGGCGUUGUAAAGAAAAAAUAAAUCAAGAUCGUCCUGCUAACACAGUCAAUCAAAAUAUGCCGGUUAUGCAUUCUCCUGUCAGAAUCUCAAACACCAACGACGUUAAGUGUUAUUGUGGUAAAUCAUGUAAAGGUACGCGGGGGCUUAAAAUGCACAAACGUAGUUGUCGUGUAAUACAUGGUUUAAAUGAUGAAUUGCUUACAGACCUUGAACAGCAAUCUACUGAGAACUCGACUGCGAAUACUUCUACUCAUUCUACAUUUGAGGAAAUUGAUGUAAUGGAAAAUAUUGCGAGCGAUCAGAAUUUUCCAGUGUUGAAGAAAGGGGUAAAGCUUCCCAAAAGCGACGCAGAAUGGUCAACGGCUGACAGCUAUUUCAAAUUUGAAUUGCGACUAAAUGCGCGAAUCAGAAUUGAAGAUCUAAGCUCAAGCGUUAGGCUAAUGAAUGAUAUUCUCUACAACUAUUUCGCUGAUUACUUCGGUUAUGUUGAGAAGAUGCCGGAUAAAGAGCUAGUGAAUAAGUAUAAAGAUCAAACAGUAAAAGCUUUAAAGAAAUGUUUAAAACAACUAAAGCUAUCGAACGCUGAUCCUCACGAAAUCAAAUAUGUAGCUCGCACAUUGCGUGAUAAGUUGCGUAAUGCUUGUCAAAUCAAUACAACUCAAAACCAAAACAAAACGUUCAAUCACGACAAUUACAUUAGUAGAAAUUUCUGGGGUUACGUUAAGAACGUCCUGAAUAAGAAUACUUGCCUACUUCCAUGCCUUCCAAUGUCAGAAUGCCUAAACUAUUUCAAGAAAACUCUAUGUUCAAUGAACCCAAACAAACUGUUUUGUAUUCCAAGCUGGAUUCGGAAGUUAUCCGAUCCUAUCGUAAACUUUGACCUUCAACCCCCAACAUAUCGCCAAGUUACAAAUAUUAUUCGCAGAAUGAAAGCUUCUGGAUCUGGUCCUCUAGAUCAACUUUCAAUCAUUUGCUUCAAACGUUGUCCUUUCUUGCGCACUUAUCUAACCGAAGUGAUUCGUAGCGUCUGGUCUUCGAAAUCUGUACCAGCUGAAUGGAAAAAAGCGUGUUCUAUUCUUAUCCACAAAAAAGGCAAUACACGUGACCCCUCCAAUUUCCGCCCAAUUACUCUAGAAACUAUACCACUAAAAGUGUUUACAUCUUGUCUCCGCAAUGCUAUGUUCUCGUUCCUAACUGCUAAUAACUUUAUUGAACAUCAGAUUCAAAAAUAA